GAUGCAUAAAUAACAAAUAAAAAUUGCCGAAAGCAUAAAUAAACCUUUAAAUCCAUUUAUUAAAAAAAAAACAAUGCCCACCUUAAUAGCUCUGGAUGCGUCGUUAUCGAUGCUUCGUCCUGUUCCAGGACGAAACGAGCACACCUACCAAUCACUGGCCGUCAAAGGAAUUCAACAUUUGCUGGACAAUCUCACGUCCGCCGGGAAACUAGAGCAUAUAGCUCUUCUUUCUUACUCAACUACGGCAGAAUUAAAGGUGGACUUCACACGAGAUUACGACCAGAUCAGACAGGCGGUCAAGAAAGUCGAACCACUGGACAAGGCCUGUCUGAUGAGCAUGCUUAAGGCGGUUGUGUCCAUAAUGUCACCGUGGGGCAACCAAAACAUCCUCCAAGUGGUCGUAUUUACGGACUGUGGCCUUGGCUUUGGCAACACUUCGAUCACAGGCUUCCUGGAGGACUAUUCCGGCAAAGAUGCGGAGCCGGAGUUUAGCUUUUUAAAAACCCUGGCCAACUAUAAUCUUAACUUUAUUUGUCUUGGCCUGCAUGGAGACCACUAUUUCACCCGGGGGUUGGCAGUUUACCAGCAACUACUGGACAAGGUCUCCCUAAAGGGCCAGCUCUUCAUGACCAAACCUGCUAAGAGCACUGAAACAGUCGAGGGCAACCCCAAUCCGAACCCGAGUAGUAGCCAUAAAAGCGAACUAGGUCGCACUACGGUUUUCGAAUUAAUAGAACGUCUUUGUGAGUCAACUUAUAAGUCCUCGGAGGUGAUCUUAAAAUGUGGGAGCUAUUUUCGUAUGGAGGCGCCAGUAUUGCUCUGGCCACCUACGGCACCCUAUGAGCAAAAAUCUUCAGUAUUUGGACGAGAGCCCACUAUUCGCCACAUUGAUUCAAGGAUUGAAGUUUGUGGGUUUCUAGCCCUUUCGGACAUUGGUUCGCCGGCCACUUUGAGUCGUCAUUGGGUACUUCCCAAGGUGGAGCGGGAAAAGAGUGGCGGAAGUCGAAGAUCUGCAAGCUUACCGUCAGCUGCCAAGCCACCGAAACUCAAUUUGGAUACCAGCAAUCCCAACUACGAACUGGAAAAGUUGGAAACUGAUAUACGAGAUUUCUACUCUAAAGAUCCAAAAGACACCGAAGAGAGUGGCGAUGACGAUGUGACCAUUGUCUUGAAACCUGGUCCCCAGACGGAGCAGCAAAAGGAAAACCUUUGCGUCCUUCUUCAUGGUGCCCUCAAAAUGGAGAAUAUGGCAGCUUUGGUUAAAGUGGGCGAUAAGUGGUAUGGAUUUAUAUAUGCCUUCACCGACGGUAAGAAAAAGUCCAAUCUGAUGCUAAACAUACUUCCACCUGGAACAAAUGUGAUACCAUGGGUUGGAGAUCUGGAAUUGCUCGGAUUUCCCGAGGACUUGGCCCCUGGGGAGACAGCCAGUUUUCCGGUGCGGGCUGAUCGGAGAUCCUAUUCCCAGAGUAGUGUUGUAUGGAUACGACAGGCCAGUCUACAGUCUGAUGUCCAAAAGGUAUUACGGCAUGCCAAGAAGAUGCCAGACAAGACCCAGCAUUUCUACAAAGAGCUAAAUCGGAUUCGAAGAGCUGCUUUGGCCCUUGGAUUCGUAGAGUUGCUGGAGGCCUUGGCAAUGUUGCUAGAAAAAGAGUGCGCACAUCUCAGCCUGAAUGGUGCCAACAACGAAUGCACCUUGCAGUUGCAACAUGCGGCCACAGAAUUGCGAAAGACAUCAAAUAGAGAUAUCAAGUCUACGAUUAUACCGCUACAAAAAGUGGGUGCCUCUGAUGCGGGCAGCACAGCUGCUACUGCUACUGCACCUGCAUAUAUGUAUUAAAAAAUAUUACAAGACCUAUGUAUAUGUGUUUUUAUAAUCAUAAAAAGACGAAUUUGGUAAAGUUUUAAAAUCA